CGAUAGGAAGCACAGGUCGCUGGUCCGAUCCCUAGCGCUUCCAUAGCUACCGUUGGAUCACCGGAGCAACCGAGCGGAAGGGACGGGGUUCGGCCUCGCCGAGCGUCGACGCGAUGGAGGCGGAGGCGGCGGCGCUAUCGCAACUGCAGCUGCAGCUCCUUGCCCUCGUCUCCGAGCUCCGGCUCACCCGCGAGCGGGAGCGGGCCGCGCGGGAGGAGCUCCACGCGUCCAGCGAGAGGUGGAAGGCGGCGGAGGAGGAGCGCAGGAGGGAGGCUCGGGAGCUGCGGGCGGAGUUGGCGGCGCGGGACGAAGCGCUGCAAAGGCUCGAGUCCAGGGUGAAGUGCCUUGAAAAUGAAAAUGAGCUGCUGGAAAGAAACGAAAAGGAUUUGAAAGAAAACAUAGAGAGACUGCUUCAAUCAAGGGAGGCAUUCAUGAGACAGUACGAGGACUCUGCUUGUUCUCUGCAAUGGACCAUCCAGAUGAGGGAUAAACAGAUUACCGUAAUUUCAGAAAAGCUGAAUUCCCAUCUGGCUUUGUUUAAUUCAGUAGGAAAGGAAGUUGCUGCGGUAAAACAAGUACUAGGUGACGUGGAAUGCCUAGUUGGUGAGAAGGAAAAUGUAGUCUCUGAUUUGAAGUGUAAGGUCCAAAGGAUUUCUGUACUCGAGAAAGAUUUUGUUGAGAAACUUAGUUUCUUGGGAGAUAAAAUUACUAGUUACCAGCUCGAACUUCGAAAUAGGGCGAGGAUCAUAUAUGGAUUGAAGGAGCAACUUGACGCUGAGAAGCUUAAAAACAAUUUUCAUCCCCAGCUAGAAGAACUUAAGAAAUCUCUGCUGGUGAAGGAUGAAAUUAUCGAGAGGUUGAUUUCAGAUAAGCAGGAAAUGCUUGUGGAGCUUCACAACAUGGAAACUGCUCUACAGAAAUUUCAAGACAUAUUCAGCAGGCUUGGGCAUGAGGAAAUGAAAAGUUCUCUGCCAGUUUCUGAAAGUCAGGAUUGUAAAGUAGAUAGCAUUCCAGGUAGUCAAGUUGAUCUUCCUAAUGAGGAUAGGAUGAUACCCAUAAUUGAUGAAACAGCAAAUGCAAAUGUAGAAUGUAAGUCGGAAAUUGACACUGGCAGCAAUCAAGUACAGAGCCCACCGUCCCUUAAGCAUUAUGCCUUGCCAUGUUCAGAACCUGUAACUGCAAAUGUUGAAAAAUCUGAGUGCCCUCCUGAAUCCGAAGACAUUGAGGGCAAUUCAUCUCCCGAACAGCAAACACAUUCUGCGAAUCCAGACCCUGAGGUAGAAAAUCAGUCCUGAGCACGAUCAGUUCCAGAGGGACACCACGACUACAAUGUACAAAGCUGCCAAUUGCCUAUAUGGCUAUAUCCAGCGUCGCAGCUCAUGACUUGUGCUCGUAGUUGAGUGGUUGCUUGUGCACGGUGCUAGUUAGACACAAAAGAUGGGGUUGAUGGAGCGAGAGAUUUUUAUUUUUCAUAAUCCAUCUUUUAAAGUUGUUGUCACACUUCUCUGCGAUUGCUAUUUUUCCGGAGAAAACUCAGAGCUCUUUCUAUUUAAGCAUGCAAAAGCUCAGAUAUCUGUA